AUGAAUACUCCAUGUUUGACUUACGGUCUCAGAGGCGUCGUAUACUUCCACGUUUUCGUUGACGGCUCAAACCGCGACCUCCACUCUGGAAGUCAUGGAGGGGCAGUCCAGGAACCACUAGCAGAUCUCCAAGCUCUCAUGAACUCAUUGGUGGAUUUUAAAGGGGAUGUUAUGGUCCCAAGAAUUCUUGACGCUGUACGUGAACCGGAAGAGGGUGAAAUCAAGUAA